AUUGAAGAUCAGGAAUUGCUUAGUCGGCGAGAAACAAGUAACGGUGGUAGAUAGGAUUCGAUAAAAGAAGGAGAAAAACGCUUAUAAAGGCUUCUCUUCUAACCCAAACAUCAGUCUACUGACGCUGCUGCAGCGGCGAUGGGUGGAAGAAAGAGCGCAGGCUAUGUGUGGGCAGUCUCCGCCGGACUGAAUGCUGCUCUGGCUGCCAUAUCCGCUAAGCUCUUCUCAUCUCAGCUCGUCUGCUAUGGAAUGGUCAUAGUGUUUAACGUGACAAUGUGGGGCUGUUAUGUCAACAGUCUUAAAGCUCUCUCAUCCCUACAGGCGACAGUUACAAACUUUGCUACUAACUUCCUAUCUUCUGGUCUUGCUGGAUUGUUUUUGUUCAGGGAACCAUUACCAUUUCAGUGGUUUGCAGGUGCUCUCUUCAUUGUAAUUGGAGUACUUAUUCUGAGUAAGUCAAAUGUAGACACGAAGGAGAGCAUAGAUUGAGGUUUGAGAUAAAGUUUUGCUCGAGAUAUUGCGAGGCCAAGAAGUUAAUAAAGAAAGAAAAAAUUUUGUGGAAGAAUGCUGAGUACUUUUGUUAUAGGCCACAUUUUGAUUCUACUGGGUGUCAUUCAUAUCAAGCCUGAUUGAACCAGGUCUGGGCACAUGAGCAAAUGGAAAACAUCUGGCAUCAUGAAUGAUAUUUGCUUUAGUCCUGUGGCAACAUAGACAUGGCUGUGAAUAUAAUACAAUCAUGUAAAAGUGCAUAUUACAAGUUUUACAGUUUUGAUUUAUAAAUUUCACGUUAUGAGGUUA